AUGUCUGUAAUAUUAUCUGAUUCAACUCUAGAUAAAUUAAAAUGUACCAACUGUUUUAAAUACCUCUCUGUGAAACCUGUGAAGACCUACAAGGAUGGUUCCAUUAAGUGCGGAAGAUGUACCGAAGAAAACGAUGAAGGUAUUUUGUGCGUAUACAACUGUUUUGGAGACAAUCACGUGUUUAAGUGCAACAACAGAUUCGACGGUUGCAGGAAGUUACUGAACUACGUUCAAGUCAUUGAACAUGAAAAAGAAUGUGUCCCUUUGAAAAUUGAUGUUCUUUCUAAUAUAUUUAAUUUAAAUGCUUGGUCUUUGUUUAACGCUAAAUUCAACACCGUGUUCAAAACUAACUUUAAUACAAACGUGGGUAAUGAGGAUAUCGAUCCUUUGAAAGUACCAACUUAUUAUCAGACUAAUAAUCUUAGUUUGUACGUAAAGGUCUCGGCUACUUUUGAUAUUAUAAAUUAUCCUUAUUAUCAAAUAAUAGUACCCAGUGAAAAUACAGUUAUACCAAAAGAGUCUGAAGUCUUAGAGGAGCAGAAACGAAAUAACAAAUAUAUAAAAUAUGGUGGAUCCAGUAGAACCUACAGGAAGUUGGAUGUAACUUAUACAUGUUUAUGGGGUUGCGGUGUUUCAGAUGAAAUGUUGUGUGCUCAUGAGUAUGUUUGUCCUGAUCAACCUGAAUUUAACUGUCCUAUUAGGAAUUGCGAAGUGUCUGCACCUCAUGAUAAAUUAUUACCGCAUAUGCUUGAGAAGCAUGAAGAUCCUCCAAAAUACGAAUUCAAAUACGGAAUUGAAGAUCCCCAUACAGGUGAUGCAAAAAAUCACUACGAAAUACGAGAUGGAGAAGUAGUUAAAGGACAAUACUCACUUGUCGAUGCAGAUGGCAGUUUAAGGACAGUAGAAUAUACUUCAGAUCCUCAUCACGGAUUUAGGGCUGUCGUCCAUAAAUCUGGACAAGAAUCUGUGUUAGCAGUUGCCCUCCUAACAACUUAUACCCUCGCAGCCGAAGAUAUACCAACCUCAUUCACCACUUUCAACAACUACCAUAACACAAUUCAGCACAUCCAAUCUCGUCAUGACACUAUAAGUAAAGCCGUUCCUGUUCAAUUCUCAUCUCACCAACAACCCGUACCUUACCACCACAACCCUCAAUCCAAAUCGCAGUACUCUGGAUACGCAGACUCCUCUGAAGGGUUAUCAGCACAUGCUUCUGUCCACUCAGCUCCUUCAAUACGCUAUACGACUUCACCAAUUUCUACUCAAGGAAAGCAACAGUAUGGUGCACCUGAAGCAUCUCAUUCCGUACAGUACUCAGCACCUGUAAGUUCCCAUGGUGUCAAAUACGCUGCACCAGCACAUUUUGGACAAUACUCUGCACCUGCAUCUCAUGGAUUACAAUAUUCUGGGCCUGCAUCUCAUGGUAUACAGUAUUCUGUACCCGCAUCUCAUGGUAUGCAGUAUUCUGCAGCCCCAUCUCAUGGUUUACAGUACUCAGCACCUGCUUCUAGUCAUUACGCUGCACCUGCAGCUUCGCACGAUGCUCAGUAUUCAUCUGGCGGACAUGGAGGUCAUUAUUCUAGUCAUGAUGAGGAAAACACCCAUCCAAAAUACGAAUUUUCGUAUGGAGUAGAAGAUCACCAUACAGGAGACAUCCAUUCCCACAAAGAAACUCGUGAUGGAGACCAGACCCAAGGAGAGUACUCUCUCCAUGAACCUGAUGGUACCAUCAGAACUGUUAAAUACAGCGUUGACAAACACAGCGGUUUCAAUGCUGUAGUGGAAAAAUCUGGCCAUAAUUCGCAGCCCCAACAUCAACAAGGUCAUCAAGGAAAGAAAUCUUAUUACUACUGA